GAUCGAAAGUGGUCUCGUUCGCAGCAUCGCGCUCGUUACCCACCCGCCAACAGCCAAGGAAUGAAUUUCUCCUUCCGAAGUCCUGCCGCACGAUCCGUCGCCGCAGUACCAACAACAAUCGUGCGCGAAAUGGAUGAACUAUCCGGACACCGCCACUAGCACGUUUUGUACAUUUACCUGUACACCUCCGCCGUGCCGAUUUUAUUUCCAACGGUUUUCAUUAUCUUUCGCAGCGGUCGUAACCGUCGUAUCCAUCUCGAACAACAAUUAAUCAUAGCGCACGCGUUAUCACAUCGGAUCCUGUUGAAAAUAGUGACUGGAACGGUGCAAAAAUGAUCUCUUUGACUAACGCUGGAACUAUAAUAUUCUUCUUCACGUCGUCAAUGUGCUUUUAUUUAAUUCAAAGUCAGUCGGUGAACCUUAGAACCGGUCACAAGUUAAACAACGAUCCUUCAGGUGUGGACUUAUUGAGGCAGAAUAGCAUUACACAGCAGAUACUGACGCAGUACCUGCAAAAGCGUCUGAACAGGGCGGGCGGGAGCGUUCAACAAGUCGGUCAGCCGCAGCAAUUGUUGCCCGCUACCGGUAACGAUUUCCCCGUCCCCGGUGCCGCCGGUUACGGCGGGCUUCAGAGAAACACCGCGGAAAACGUUUACGCCAAAGAGGACAUCGAUGACAUUGUCGAAGACCCGCAAUAUUAUCAAGCAGGCGAAUGUAGCAAUAACAAUUGCGUUGAUGAUAGCGUUGCAGCCACCAAUAAGUGGUCGUUGCCACUCUUACGAUCGGGUGAUAAAAAAUUAUACUUGGGUAUAUUUUUCAAGGCUAAUUGGUACAAAGCCGCUCAAUACUGCCGGUAUCAUGGAAUGCACUUGGCAAGCAUAAGUAGUCAAGAAGAAAACGACAAGUUGGAAAAAUAUAUUAAAGAUUUCGGUUUGGGACACGAACACUUUUGGACCUCUGGCACUGACCAAGCCGAAGAAGGUGCAUUUUUCUGGUUGGCCAAUGGCAGGCCAAUUGGAUUUACCAACUGGAAUGCUGGUGAACCGAACAAUUUCAAGUAUGAAAAUGGCGAAGAGGAACAUUGUUUAGAGUUGUGGAAUCGAGAUGGCAAAGGGCUCAAAUGGAAUGAUUCACCAUGUUCGUUUGAAACUUUUUUUGUGUGUGAAAUGUAAACUAAAAAUAUAUUUAGUUAAGGAAUAAUUCAAUAUAUAUAUAAAUAUUUAGAUUUAUUAUUAUUUUAUAAUUUAUGUAGGCAUUACUUACAGUAAUUUAGAAUGUUUCAUUAAAUGUAAUUUGUAAAUAAA